CUGGACUUUACCGAUAAACAAAGUAAACUUGGGAAAGCACCGGAACUGAGAAAGAUCAAGAAUUCUCCGAACUGCUUUUAUUGCGAUGGUAAGUCCCACUGGCCCGCGGAAUGCACAAAAAUCACCGAUCCGAAACAACAUUUGGAGUACCUGAGAUACGCAAAAAGAUGCAUUAGUUGCGGUUCACUGCGUCACUCGUAUGCAGAGUGUAAGUCUCAGGGAUGUUGGACAUGUGGAAAGAAGCAUCACACCUCUGUGUGCUUCAGAACCAGUGGAAGCAGAACGGAGCCACAGAAAACAAAAGGAGUCGCAAAAAUGAAAAUCCCAACGCGACAGAAUAUUGCUCUUUGUGAGGAAAAUGGAACGCCUGAGGAGAAUAUUCGCAACUCGUUCGAAGAGGAAGAAGCUGAAAGCAACACCGCGUUAACGGCCAAGCAGACCAAAAAUUGCGCGAAUACUGCCAACGAUGUGUUUCUUCUCUCAGGAGUUUUCCGUGUUGAGCACCCACGAACAAGGAAGCCUGCCUACAUAAACGUGCUUUUCGAUACUGGAGCGGAUCGUUCCUUCAUAGCCACUGCCUUAGCAGAAGAAUUAGACCUUCCUAAAGGAGACUCCACUUCCAUGAAGCUGACAACUUUCGGAGCUAAGCAACCGAAGGAAAUUGAGUGCACUAAAACUGAGCUAAAGGUCUGGGACGCUAAAGGGAAACAACACAACUUGCAGCUCUACACCCACGAUAUCCUCACUGUGUGCCAAAGACAACGAAUUUUGGAAGAAGAAGACCUUAAGUUCAUAAAGAAAAGGCGCAUCAACUUAUGUAACAGCUCAAAUUCGAUAUCGGGUCCUGCUCAGGUAGUACUUGGCUGCGAUCAACUCUGGAGCUUCAUUGAUUUUGAAGCGCCACAGUUCACUUUGCCUUCCGGAUUACUCCUGAUCCCUACCCGUGUAGGAUACAUAGUUUCGGGAAAGCGUCUCACGAGAGAGAAGCUUCUUUCAACAGAAUCGUUGUCCGUGUGCAUGGCACACACACACGACGUCAUGGAUCCCUCCGAAUCUGAUUGGCUACAGAAGAACGAAUGGCUCAACACUCCACCGAACCGCCUCAACACUGGACCGUACGUUUCCAAUCGCGUUAAAGAAGUACACAGGAUUGCUCACGAGAUGGAAACUCAGCAAGUAAGGGUUCAGCUGGGUUAUGUCGAUACCAAACACAAUCCUGUAGACUGCGCCACCAGAGGAGUUACAUCCUCGGAAUUCAUCAACCACAUCUGGUGGAAAGGCUACUCACUUCGAGAAAUUCGGGAUGGAAAUUUUGUUUCCACUCUGUUCACGAUCCCGAACGAAGAUGGAGAAGACGAACCCACUGAUGGCGAUGCAAUGCUCGUUGAAAGUUCAGCAUCUCAGGAGCUGCAAGUCAGCGAAAUAAUGGAAACAUCUAAAUACAACAGCUACGCUAAGGUUCGAAGAGUGAUGGCUUACGCUAUGAGAUUUUUGAAGUGCAUUCACUACCGUUUACAUGGAAAUCUGAAGGAAAGGCUCAAAAGCAGUUUGCCAUGGAUUGAGAGUGCAAGUAGUACACAGUACCUCACUGCACAGGAGAUUGCAGAAGCGGAAACAGUCCUGAUACGGAAUCACCAACAAAUCCAUCUCAGAGGACAAUACCGGAAAGAGCUCACGUCGAACCUGAACCUCAAAACGGACGAGCAUCGUGACGACGACGACUCAUACCUCCCUCCUACGGAGAGAGCAAGGAUGCAAACCCGGAUAGAGGCUACUCGAGCACUGCAGUCAUCUCAAGCUUUGACAGAAAAGUACUGGGCAAUCUGGAAAGAUUCGUACCUCACCGCGCUCAGGGAAACUCAUCGCCGUCAAAUUGACCAAAAACACGGAUGUGUAAUGCUUCCUCGCACUGGAGAAUUAGUUCUGCUGACAGACCCUUGCAAGAAACGAUAUCAAUGGAAAAUGGCCAGGAUUUCGAAGCUCAUCUCCGGUAGCGAUGGAGCAGUGCGCGAAGCGGAAGUCGUUUGUGCGAAACGUGUCCUAAGGCGACCGGUAAACCAACUAAUUCCCCUAGAGAUAGAAGGGAACUACGCUAGCGAAAUAUCUCAAGAUGAGACACAAGGAAACAGAGAUACAACGUCGAGCACAAACAACAGGUACUACCUGCGGCCCAGACAUAAACAAAUUCGAGCAGUGCAGGAGCAAUCCAGCAGUGAUACAGCUAUGUGCUAUACAACAUCUUGCAACAAAAGGAGUUCUCGCGUAUGGCCAAUUGCUCUCUAUAUGAAAAUGGCGCUGGCGCUCCUUACCAUCACUGCAUCUUUCGCACAACCAACAUCGACAAUCACUGAGAGCGCGCUGGACACGUCAUAUGAGUAUCAGCUUGAAUGCAGAGCAAAUGGAGUAUAUCUUCAUGCCCCAAAGUCGUCGGAGUACGAGUUGUGCGUGAACGACCACUGUAUAAGAGAACGACUCCCACCAAUCAAGAAGUUGCACUCUCUACCAGCGGAAGAGGUACUCCUGGAUUUCGAAGCAAGAUGGAAGCUACGUUUCGGGAAUGAUAUCGUAACAAUCGAGAAGUUGUGCCCUGCGCAACAAUUUUGCUCCACGAUUGACUGCACAGUAUGUUCGACGAACAUACUGAAUCCAGAAUGCUGGCCUUCUUCCGCAAUACUGGGACUUGGCGUGAUCCUAUACCUACUUAUAGCUUUGUGCUAUACCAUCUUCUACGUACCAGUGACCAUUGGACGACCAGUACAGCUUCUUUUGAGAGGAUUCUACAGACUAGCCCACUUUGUCCUCUUCAUCAUCGGUGCAUGUUUGGGCAUAGUUUUGCGACGUCCCAAUCGCCGACGAUACAGAAACGCAAGCAGGAUCCUAGAAGCGCUCGCGAUCUUGUACCUCUGCUCUACAAACCAUGCUUGUCAAAUCGUAAAUAUCUUCUCUCACCACAUAAAAACCUGCACAACGUCUUCCGGAAGAACCACAUGUGCCGUGGAUAUGGCA